UCGGUUUGCUGUGUGCUACGGUGAGCAGCAGCUCAUUAUCAUUUACAGUAAAGAGACAUGCACCGUUGCUGUGAACAGAGCUGUUUUUGAAGGUUAAAGAGCAUUGUUUAACAUGACCAUUGAGAUGUCCAUUAUAACUCCAGUGAGCUGCUUUUUUUACCAUGCCAGCUUUCACAAAGCUUGUGAAAACCACAAAACAGAAGUGAUCACCCAUACAGAGAACUGAAAACCGUGUGGUGCUGUGGAAACAGGUGAGAAAUGUUUAAAUUUAUAGGUCUGAGGCUGCUCGUGCAAGUCUGUUCACAAACGUCUGCAAGCUGAAAGACCAACAGAGGAAACAGCCACUUAAAAAAACUACCAGUCCUGUCCACACACUCACCAGAAGAAAAAAACUGAAAGAAAAGAUGAGAAUAAGAGAGAACCCAUGUAGGUCAACACACUCCCACACAGUCUUCGUUGCUGUCUCUGGUUCCUGGCACUCACGUGAUGUGUGUAUAUCCGCUGUGUAUACUACAAACGGGUCAGACUGAAGUCUGCAGUACUGUGCUGUGGCUCUAUGAAUGAGGCAUCAUGACAUCCAAUAAGAACUUUAAAGCGCCUUUGAAACAGCAGAACAGUCUGGAGAGCUACAUGUUAGACGGCUCUCAGAAGAAGAAAAGUAUUCUGUGGCGACGACGCUCUUUCAACAACUCCGUCAAAAAUUCAAACACUGAAGACACCAAAGGCAGGACAAUAUCACGGGCAUGCAGUCAGCUGAGCAGAACUCGUUCAACAUCGCUAGUGGAUUACACUGAUCCUCAGAGAACGAUGGUUGUAUUGGAGAAACAGGACAACGAAGCCUUUGGAUUUGAAGUUCAGACUUAUGGUCUAAAGGUGAAAAGCAGCAGUAUGGUGGAGAUGUGCACAUUCGUUUGCAGCGUACAGGAUGGCAGUGCAGCAGAAGCUGCAGGUCUGACCGCUGGUGAUAUUAUUUUGUCAGUAAAUGGAGUCACUAUUGAGGGCUCCACCCAUCAGCACAUUAUUGAGUUGAUUCGAGAGUCCACUAAUGAGCUGAAGUUGGAGACCGUCAGCGGUAGUGUUGUGAAGAGAAUUGAAUUAGAGAAAAAAAUGCGUUACCUUAAGCAAACACUUCGUGAGAAAUGGGUGGAACUGCAAUCUCUCACACUUCAGGAAAAGCGACUAACGCGAGGUAAUCUGAACGAGAGCGCUCAACAUCCAUCUGUGGACUCUCUGAUGUCUCUUUUGUCUCCAACGGGCCGCUCUGACCGUGGGCGCUUUUCCAGCGACAGCAGUUGCCGUAGCAUAAUGACAGAUGAUAGUGACGAUGGAGCUUUCAUGCCAUCGGUAUUUGAUGACUCAAGUCCAUUCAGCCCCACAGAGUCAAAUGGAGUCUUUUUUCAGCUGGAUGGGGGUACAGCAUGCCCACUGACCCGAACCCGUAGCAUUAGCCUGACAAGCAGUAACUGUUCACUCUCACCAAGCUGGGAAAACUCAUCUUCAUCUAUGUUUGGCACCAUGCCACGGAGACACAGAAAAGGAAGCGUCCGUAAGCACCUUUUAAAGUUCAUACCUGGACUAAAUCAUUCGGUAGAGGAAGAAGAGAUCAGUUAAAAUGAACACCACCAAUGACUUUUGAUCUGAAUGACUCUGAAAUGACCUCAAGCAGUGGAAGGUUCUUACUGGUUCCUCAAGAUUUUCUUAAAUUCAUGUCAUGCAAGAUCUCAUGGUAAUUCUUGAGCUUCCCGCUUAAGGGGUUAAGGAAAACGAAUGGAGCAGCACAUGAGCAUUAUAAACUGCAGGGUGAAGAUCUCUCUUUGUGAGGGACCAAAUGCAUUAGCCAUUACUUCCCAAGAUUCUGCAAUCUCAUUCAUUUGCAUUAAUGUGUAUGGCAAAAAAAACAAACAGGACUAAGUGAAUGUAGGUUUGACAGCAGUAAGCUGUUGAUCCAAGUAAUUGUGGAUCACUAACUACAAAAUCAUGGACACAUUGUUUGCAAAUAGGCACUCAUGUCAAGAACUCUGAAAAUCAGACAGCUAAACUGUGCAUUAAAACCCUCCUUUAUGCAACAGGCACUAGUACACAUCUCUUUAACUCUCUGUAAAAUAUUUUAUUCUUAUUGAUUUACAUUUAAAUCUUAAGACAAAAACAACUGACCUAAUGUAGCUGUAAUAAUGUGAAAGGUAAAGGAAUAGUUACACACAAAUUGCUAUCAAUGACUUACCCUAAUACAAUGGCCGCAGAUAAAUAUCAUUAGUUCUUGUAUUAUGAUGCUAAAUAAGUUUCAAUUUUUGUUUGCAUCAUCACCAAUUUUGGGUGCCAUUUACCUUCAUUAUUUUAUAUGGACAUACGGGACAUACAGGCAUAUUUUAAUGAAAAUCUUUGUGUUCAGCUGAAGAAAGGAAGUCAGAUUAGUAAACGAUGAGAGAAUUUUCAUUUUUGGGUAAACUAUUCUUUUAAACUUAUGCUGUCAGAUACAGUGUGACUGAGAUCAGACUGCGUGUGUCAGAACUCAAACCACAGAGGUAUAGCAAAGAUCUUCAUAACAGGAUGUGGUCUGAAAGAGGUGCUACCUUACUAACUAUUUUCACUUACUUAAGUGAUCUAUAUAACAAAUAGUUUCACUUGUAACUGAAUGUAAAUAGAUGAAUAGCACACAUACCAACUGCUCUUAAAUGUGAAAAAGUUCAUGGACAGAAUAAAACCAUGUGCAUGGAAAGAUGA